AUGUUGAGAAACUACUCAGUCAGGACAUCGUCAGCAGCAGUCCGUCGACUCCAACGACCCCCAUCCAGGCUACUUGGCGCACAGCAGCCACUCAGUACCAUCACAUCAUCAGCCCAGAGGACGAAGGAGGAUGGAGAAUAUCGACUCGGCUCACGGCAUUGCCAACCUCGCCUGCUAUCAGCCAGAUCUUAUUCCGCUACGGUCACUGCAACCAAAAAAUCACCGGCGCCAACACAGGACCAACAGCAAGAAACUCAAGGACCCUUGACAGCAGUAGAUAUUAAGAGGCUGUCAACAAUGCGGAACGUAGGAAUCUCAGCACACAUCGACUCAGGAAAGACAACACUAACCGAACGAGUGCUAUACUACACCGGAAGGAUCAAAUCAAUCCACGAAGUCAGAGGAAGAGAUCAAGUGGGGGCCAAGAUGGACCAUAUGGAACUCGAGCGAGAGAAGGGGAUCACCAUCCAAUCCGCGGCUACCUUCUGCGAUUGGAAAGUUAACGAGACGCCGGCCCGAUCGGUUGGAAGCAGCCACGCGAUCAACAUCAUCGACACCCCCGGACACGUCGACUUUACGAUCGAGGUCGAGCGCGCAUUGAGGGUCCUCGACGGUGCCGUCCUCGUCCUCUGUGCCGUCUCCGGCGUCCAGAGCCAGACGAUCACCGUCGACCGACAGAUGAGACGAUAUAAUGUACCCAGGGUAUGCUUCAUCAACAAAAUGGACCGACAGGGCUCGAACCCAUGGAGGGUGAUCGACCAGCUCAAAACCAAACUCAAGCUGAACUGUGCCGCCGUCCAGUAUCCAAUCGGAUCAGAAGACGCCUACGAAGGUGUGGUCGACUUGGUCCGGCUCAAGACGAUCCGACACCAGGGUGAUAAAGGUGUCGAGAUCGUCGAAUCAGAGGAGAUCCCUAGCGAGAUCAUGGCUCAAGUCACUCAGAAACGACAGCAACUCAUCGAAACCUUGGCCGAUGUUGACGAUACCCUUGCCGAUCUAUUCCUAGAAGAGAAAGAGAUCACCAACAGUGAUAUCGCAGAUGCCAUCCGACGGGCGACCAUCGACCUCAAAUUCACACCGGUCUUCAUGGGUACCGCUCUAGCCAACAAGGGCGUCCAACCAUUACUGGACGGAGUUUGUAACUACCUACCCAAUCCGUCCCAAGUACCCUCGAUGGCACUCGAUGUCUCGACUAGCACGACCGAUCCUACAUCAGUCGAAAUCCAUCCGACCGCCACUGCUCCGCUUGUCGGUCUAGCCUUCAAGCUAGAGGAAGGUCGGUUCGGUCAAUUGACAUAUUUGCGAGUCUACCAAGGUACUCUGAAACGCGGAAAUCAGAUCGUUAACGUUCGAACGGGUAAACGAGUCAAAGUGCCCAGACUGGUUCGGAUGCAUAGUGAUGAAAUGGAAGACGUUGAUGAGAUCAAGGCCGGUGAAAUCUGCGCUAUGUUUGGCGUUGAAUGCUCGUCUGGUGAUACUUUUACGGACGGAUCAGUUCAACUCUCAAUGACGUCCAUGUUUGUACCCGAACCAGUGAUUUCACUCUCGAUUCGUCCUAAAGGACAGGAAACACCACAUUUCUCACGAGCCCUCCAGCGUUUUCAAAAAGAAGAUCCGACGUUCAGAGUCCAUGUCGAUUCUGAGUCAUCAGAGACGAUCAUCAGUGGGAUGGGCGAAUUACACUUGGAUAUCUAUGUGGAACGAAUCAAGCGUGAGUAUGGAGUUGAAGUAGUGACUGGAAAACCAAGGGUAGCAUUCAAGGAGACGAUCACCAGCGAAAGCUCGUUCAAUUAUGUGCACAAGAAACAGACUGGAGGGGCCGGACAAUAUGCGAAAGUGGUUGGGCGGAUUUUACCGAUGGAGCGGGACGAGGAGACGGGAGAGGAGACGAUGUAUGAAAGCCGGAUCACCGGUGGGACGAUUCCGGCCUCGUUCAUCCCGGCGGUCGAGAAGGGCUUCAACGACGCCCUGCAGCGCGGAAUCCUGACGGGCAAUCGAGUAACCGGCUGUCACUUUAUACUCGAGGAUGGCGCCCACCACAUCGUCGACUCCUCCGAACUCGCCUUCAGACUCGCCGCCCAGGGCGCAUUCAGAGAGGCUUUCAAAACCGCUAACCCCGUCAUCCUCGAGCCUAUCAUGAAGGUCGAAAUCACCGUUCCUAUCGAGUUUCAAGGUAACGUCAUCGGCGCGAUCAAUCAGCGUAGAGGUACCAUCAUCGACACUGAUGUAGGCGUGGAUGAAGUCGUCUUGGUCGCCGAAGUCUCAUUAAACGAGAUGUUUGGAUAUGCUUCCCAACUGCGUGGAAUGACUCAAGGCAAGGGUGAAUUCACGAUGGAAUACUUGAAACAUUCUCCUGUCUUGCCCAACAUCCAAAAAGACAUGAUCGACCAAUACAAAAACUUCCGGUCUUAG